AUGAUCUCAGCAUGGCUCCCUAGCUACACGGCUCAAAAGGUCGAGCACCACUACUACCUCGCUACGAAGCGCAUACUGCGCAUAAUCGACGGGCUCGACGUGGGAGAGGUCGAACAAAUAAUACCGAGUUCCAUGGCAGGCUGGACCAGCGGAGGACUCUGGCUUUCAAAGUACAAAUGGAGGCUGUACGCUCGGUGCGAGAUCGACGAAGACGACCCCUAUUUAUACAGCGAGAUUACGUUCUUUCUCACGGACCUUCCAAAGCAGCUGGAGAAGGGUAUUCAAUGGACCGACGACGCCAGAGUAAAGGAUUAUGAAAAGUUGUUUCGUCGGCAGGGGUAUUGGGAGCACCACAUCGAGUGGAUGGGCCCGGGAAAUGACCCUGGUUGGUACGCGCUGACGAGAAUCAAGAGCGUCGAUGACCCGUCUGCCAUGACCCAAGACCCACGCAGCUUCUUUUCCCGAUGCCGAACCGUACAAGCGAUCUAG